UACAUAUAAAGGCGUGCGCGAACACAUACAUGCGUGCGCACGUUUACAAAAUUAUCAAUUACCAACAACUUACAAUCGGCGAAUGAGAAGAAUCUUGUCUCAAUAACCAUGACAACGAACAAGAUAAACAUCACCAGCAUCAUCAUCAUUAUUAUCCUAAUCAUCAUCACCUACCGCUAAAGCAACAUAACGACAAGCACGAAAAUUAUUGCUCUUAUUAUCCUGGUCAUCAUCAUCAUCAUCCUCAACUGCAAGCACCAUGCAAUCAUCACCACUUUCACAAACUUCAACAUCAACCAGCUCUACCAAUAUUAUUAGAACUACAAAACCAUCCCUACCUACAAUAACAGUUUCCGGCAAAAAACAUAUUAACUAAAAACCGCAUCUCCUAUACGACUGCUAGCAACACAAACACAGCUAUCAUUUAGCAGAAACAUUAGAAAGCAUUUACAGUAACGAUCACUUUAUCAAAAAUCAAGAGUCAUAUCUACAACGGCAGUAACAGUAAUCACAAACACAACACCCCCCAACAAUCCACCACUACCAACGACAACAAUAACAGAUACAACUGUUGACAGCACUAACAGUAUUACAAGCAGGGAUACGAUGUGCCGGUGUAGAUGUCGACAGCGUUGUCAGUCUUAUAAGAAGGCAGCAUGUGCAAACCCCAUGUCACGCAAUUCCAUAAUUUCUCUCUUUAUCAGCCUGUUGCUUCCUACUGGAAUAUGUGCCAACUGGAUGUUUCUUGGAGUAUCCUCAGUGAGUACCCUGCAUGGAGACACUUGCAAUGAAGUACCUGGAUUAGUGUGGAGGCAAAUAGAAGUAUGUCGUAACAAUCCUCAGACACUCUAUUGCAUCAGUGAAGGCGCCAGGAAAGGAAUUAUGGAGUGCAAAGCACAGUUUCGUUAUGAACGUUGGAACUGUACAACCCAACGGAAUCUGUCGGUGUUUGGACAAACUCUAACGAAAGGAAGCAAAGAAACAGCUUUCAUUUAUGCUAUUUUGAGCGCUGGCGUUGUACACGCCGUGACCCAGUCCUGUAGUGCAGGCAAUUUAACUGACUGUAGUUGUGACAUGAACCGAUAUGGCGAAAAGGAUGGUGAGGGCUGGGAAUGGGGAGGAUGCAGCGACAAUAUUCAUUAUGGCACCUGGUUCUGUAAGAUGUUUGUGGAUGCGCCCGAUGCAAAUUCCAAGCGUGACACACGUAACCUCAUGAAUAUUCACAAUAAUGAAGUCGGCAGAAGGGUUGUUGCAAAGGAAAUGAAAAUGCAAUGUCGCUGUCAUGGAGUGUCAGGAUCAUGCGCGGUGAAGACUUGUUGGCGAAGUCUUCCAAUGUUCCACGAAAUCGGAGCACGUCUCAAGAAAUUAUAUGAAACUGCCGUGAUCGUUGUGUCCCGUUCACGGAAAAAAUUACGACGUCGUGACAAAACUAAGCGCCACUUGCCUAUUCCCAAAGACAAACUUGUGCAUAUGCACCGUUCUAGAAAUUACUGUCGAACCGAUCCGAGCCGUGGUAUAACAGGCACAAGAGGACGCCUAUGCAACAAGACACUCGACGGUCCCGGAAGUUGCAGUCUUCUUUGUUGUGGUCGUGGUUACAAUACGCAAGUAGUACGACACGUCAAUCGAUGUCACUGUAAAUUCCAUUGGUGUUGCUUUGUCACGUGCGAAUCAUGUGAAAGUAUGGUAGAUGUGCAUACGUGCAAGUAAUAAGGCACAAUGUAUGGAAGACAACAACAGAUUAAGAAAUUAUAAUGACAAUUGUUAUCACAAUUAUAACGCUUUUGUUUACAUCCACAAAAGUUCAGACAUUUCUUGGAGAGAGCUAUUAUAGAUACAGUCAAUUCUAGUAUAUAACUGUUACAUGUUUUAAUUUAAAGACAUAUUUCUUAGA